AUGAUGCUCGCUGCUGAAAUGGGUGAGAGAGAAACCACGACAGGCACGAUGUUACUCGAUGAAAUGGGUCUUGGAAAGACUUUGGAGGUGAUAGCCCUUAUGGAGGAGAACCCAGUUAAGCCAGUGCUCAUUGUAGCUCCAGCGUCUACUUUAGCCAAUUGGGCUGAAGAGUUUAAAAAGUGGUUGUCCCCGUCGCCAAAUGUGUUGAUGCUGUCGACCGAGUCGGAAAUCAAAGAUGCGAUUCAAAAAACCGCCGAAGAUAUGAAAGGAUAUGACAUUGUGGUGGCUUCGUACACACGAGUCCACACCGAAUAUCGUGAUCUCAAGAAUUGGGUGGACGAUAUGAAUUAUCGACGCGAGAAUCCCUAUCCUGCACAUCCAAGGAGAUUGAUCAAGGUCGAUCGAAAGACUGGAGAUAAUAUCUAUCGAGUCCUUCAAUUUGAAAGACCGGAUUGCCCAUUGUUUGGCGUGCGUUGGGGCCGACUUAUUUUGGAUGAGGCGCAGUACAUGAAGACUCUCCGGGGAAACACUCAUAAGGGAUGUUAUGCCCUGAUCACAAAACAUAGAAUCUUGAUGACAGGUACCCCACUCGUCAAUGACUACGUCGAUAUCCACGCCUUCUGCAAAUUCCUCCAAAUUCGCUCAUUGAAUGAUCCGGCGUGGUUUCGAGGUGGAAUCAUUCCAAGAAGUCGACCUAGCGAAAUCAUGAAGCUAGAAGUUGGACGUGCAGCUUUGUUGACCAACCUUUUGCGCGGUCAUUCAAUUCGCCGUACAGGAAAAAUGACGUUCAUGGGCCACCUUCUUAUAAAUGACUUGCCUCCAAUCGAGCGAAAUGAGGUAUGGCUUGAUCUAGAACAAAAUGGAUCAAAGCACAAGCCUGAUGUAUAUCUUCGAGCCCAAGUUGUCACCAGUGGUAGUCAGAUAAAUUUACCCUUUGACGAUGAGGCCCAAACACAGCAUUAUUCUCGCAUACAAUGGUGUGAAUUGUUGAGGAGCAGGAUCAGUGACAUUGAUGGGAAGCUCCCGGUGGUUGAAAACGAGAAAUAUGUACUGAGUAUGAUGCAACGAGCCAGAAUUGCGGUUGUUCUACCGGCUGCUGCUGAUGCCAAAUAUGGGAACAAUGGAAGAACUGGAAGAAAUCGCAAAGACUUUAUGUCAUGGUUGGAAAAGAACGAGCGAUGGAGUUCAACAAAGGUCAGAUGGAUAAUUGAUCGUGUCGGGGCCAAGCUCGAAGCAUCAAAGGCGAACAAAGCCAUAAUUUCAUGCCAUUCUUUAGCGUUAUUGGACGUAAUGGCGGUUGCAUUGAGGGAGAAUGAACUCGGAUUUCUACGAAUCGAUGGAACAGUUGUGGCAAAAAAGCGCUCCUGGAUACAACAACGAUUUGAAAAUCCAGACAACGAAGCUCGGGUCUUGUUGUUAACGUCACAGAUGGGCGAAAUGGCUUUUAAUUUCACUACGGCAAAUCUUCUAUAUAUAACCUCUCCAGGGUGGACGGCAGCAGAGAGUUUCGAUUUGAAAAUGAGCAAGGAGUGGGGAAUACUCGAUGUGAUUGAUCAUGAUGUUUCAAACCAGCCAAAAGACAAUGACAGUCGUCUUCUGGUUAAAAAUACUAUGAGAAAAUUGGAAGAAAUGAAGACCUGGAAUAAGAAACGAUUAGAAGAAUUGAGUGGAGUUUUUAGAGGAAGCAAUGGGGGAACGCAACCAUUGGGGGCUGGACAAAGUUCUAGAUCUGGGUCUAACGAUGGAGAUGAGAGUGACGAGGGAGGAUACGAAUCGGAUGAAGCCGAUGAAGUUGAAGACGAAAGUGACCAGGUCGAGGACAGAGAAAUGGACGGCAUUCAGUACGAGGACGAGGACGAGGACCAGGAAAUGAGUGAUGUUGAAGACGAGCAGUAA